AUGAAAGAGCAAAUGAAGAAAAUGGCAAAGACAAGUGGCCAGAAAGGCCUGGGCGAAGAAGCCCUCAGUAGGGCGAACCCAAAACAAGAGGAGGCGAGGCAAGACCAGGAGACAAGAGGGGAACCUCUCCACAUAACAUACACCAUCCACGAUGAAGAUGUGUACAGUGAGACAAGACCCAAGACUAAGGAAGAAGACUUCCUCGACGGUUACAUAGAGUGCAUCGUUAGAGGUGAGUUUUCUGAACCUGUUUUGGAAGAGGAUUUACUUUUUAAGGCCUUCGAAAACCUAGAGGAAGCCGAACAAGACCUUUCCCGCCAUAUCCUCGAAGCGAGUUCCCUUCUUGAAAGUUCUUUGGAAUACGUGACUAAGGGGAAAAAACUAGAAGAAUGCCAGGCCAAGCAAGAGCAGCCUCAACAGACUGUUGGAGCCAACCCACAGCUUGCGGAACUUACUGGAGAGGAGCCGAGGGGUGGUGAAUACUGUGGUCCCUUAUUGAUGCUGGAGUGCCCUCAGACUGGUUGCAAGAAAAAGCUGAAGAAUAAAACUGCCCUGAGGAAGCACAUGCUUAUUCACGGACCCCGACAGCACACGUGUGCAGAGUGCGGGAAAGCUUUUACAGAGGGCUCGAAACUAAGGCGACACCUCCUGGUUCAUAGUGGAGAGAAGCCAUUUCAGUGCACCGUCGAAGGGUGUGGGAAGCGCUUCUCGCUGGAGUUCAACUUGCGCACCCAUAUCCGCAUCCACACUGGUGAGAAGCCCUUUGGGUGCCCCUUUGACGGCUGCCAGAAGAGCUUUAUUCAGUCAAAUAAUCUGAAAAUCCACAUCCUCACCCAUGCAAAGGCAGGGAAAAAAUGCUGA